AGGACAGCAGUUUGUAUCAGUGUAUUACCUUGUUUUUCUACUUGUCUAGCUGGCUGGUAACAUUUGUGACAGGUUGCAUAUCAGAACCGGAGUCUCAUUGUUUGGCUUUGAUUUUGUUUUAGGCAUCUGUGUCUCUCUUUAUUUAAGCUGUAACUUAAUGAUUUUUGGCUUCAGGAAGAAAACUGCUCAGACUACAUGACUAAAAUCAGAGUUUUCUUUGGUGCUGGGGUACUGGGUCCCUUAUGGAGGGUAAGGGCCAGGGGACAAAGAAAGGAAAAGGAGGAAAGUUCACAGGUUCCUUACAGAGGAUGAGUGGCUCAUUCAAACGCACUUCAUUUAAGGGCUCGGCAUCUGGAUCGCAAAAGGGUCAAAAGGCUUGGAUAGAGAAGACCUUUUCUAAAAGAGAAUGCAUCUAUGUAAUUGCCAACAACAAAGACGUUAGCAGGUGCUGCUGUGGCCAGCUCAUUAACCAACAUAUUCCACCUCCUCCAAGUAUAACAGCUAAUAAAAAUGGAGAAGAAACAAAGCAAGUGGAAGCUCAGCCAGAGAAAUGGUCUGUCAGUAAGCACACCCAAACAUACCCAACUGAUGCCUACGGAAACCUUGAAUUCCAGGGAGGAGGACAUUCAAAUAAGGCCAUGUAUAUCCGUGUCUCAUAUGACACUAAACCAGAUUCUCUGCUGCAUCUCAUGGUGAAAGACUGGCAACUGGAACUGCCCAAACUCUUAAUCUCUGUCCAUGGAGGCCUCCAGAACUUUGAAAUGCAACCUAAAUUAAAGCAAGUAUUUGGAAAAGGCCUGAUAAAGGCUGCCGUGACUACAGGAGCUUGGAUUUUCACCGGAGGUGUUAGUACAGGUGUCAUUCGUCAUGUGGGAGAUGCCUUGAAAGAUCAUUCUUCCAAAUCCAGAGGACGAAUAUGUGCCGUAGGAAUUGCACCAUGGGGCAUUGUAGAAAACAAGGAAGAUCUGAUAGGAAAAGAUGUAACACGGGUUUACCAAACAAUGUCAAACCCGCUCAGUAAGCUCUCUGUGCUCAACAGUUCCCAUACCCACUUCAUUCUGGCAGACAACGGUACGCUAGGUAAAUAUGGAGCUGAAGUAAAGUUACGACGUCAGCUGGAAAAACACAUUUCCCUCCAGAAAAUUAACACACGGCUGGGACAAGGCGUUCCUGUAGUUGGGCUCAUAGUGGAAGGGGGUCCCAAUGUUAUCUCCAUUGUCUUAGAGUGUCUACGAGAAGAACCGCCUCUCCCUGUUGUGAUAUGUGAUGGCAGCGGACGAGCAUCAGAUAUUCUGUCGUUUGCACACAAGUAUUCAGAAGAAGGAGGGAUAAUAAGUGAAUCCCUUAGGGACCAGCUUCUAGUUACCAUCCAGAAAACCUUUAAUUACAACAGGAAUCAAGCUCAUCAGCUGUUCAUCAUUCUUAUGGAGUGCAUGAAAAAAAAAGAACUUAUUACUGUGUUCCGCAUGGGGUCUGAAGGGCAACAGGACAUUGAGAUGUCUAUCUUAACUGCUCUCCUUAAAGGUACCAAUGCAUCUGCUCCAGACCAGCUCAGCUUGGCUUUGGCCUGGAACCGUGUAGACAUCGCACGCAGCCAAAUCUUUGUCUUCGGACACCACUGGCCACCUUUAGGAAGCCUUACAGCUCCUGAUGGUACAGCUCCUGAGAAGGAAAAGAAAUCUCCAGCAGCUCAGACUAAGGCAGCCAGAGGGAAAGGAAAGGGGAAGAAAAAAGGAGGAAAAGGAAAAGAAGAGCCAGAAGAAGAAACAGACCCAAGAAAGCUUGAACUCCUGAACUGGGUGAAUUCCCUGGAGCAAGCUAUGCUGGAUGCGCUGGUUCUGGAUCGAGUGGACUUUGUGAAACUGCUUAUUGAGAAUGGAGUGAACAUGCAGCACUUCCUCACUAUUCCUCGACUGGAAGAACUUUAUAAUACUAGAUUGGGUCCACCAAAUACGCUGCAUUUGCUAGUCAGAGAUGUGAAAAAGCGACAGUCUCGGGGAUUCAGUUGGGUUAACAUGGAGGGAAAUCUUCCACCAGAUUAUCAUAUCAGCCUAAUAGAUAUUGGUCUUGUACUUGAAUAUCUCAUGGGUGGAGCUUAUCGCUGCAACUAUACUCGAAAAAGUUUUCGGACUCUUUAUAAUAAUUUGUUUGGACCAAAAAGGCCAAAAGCUCUUAAACUACUAGGAAUGGAGGAUGAUGAGCCUCCCACCAAAGGGAAGAAGAAGAAAAAGAAAAAGGAGGAAGAGAUUGAUAUUGACGUGGAUGACCCAGAAGUCAGCCGCUUUCAAUAUCCCUUUCAUGAACUGAUGGUAUGGGCCGUGCUGAUGAAACGGCAAAAGAUGGCACUCUUCCUUUGGCAGCGAGGGGAGGAAACCAUGGCCAAGGCACUUGUGGCCUGUAAACUGUACAAGUCUAUGGCCCAUGAGUCUUCUGAGAGCGAGCUCGUGGAUGACAUCUCUCAGGAUCUGGACAACAACUCAAAAGAUUUUGGCCAGCUGGCUGUUGAACUCUUAGAUCAGUCCUAUAAGCAUGACGAGCAGAUUGCCAUGAAACUACUGACCUACGAACUAAAAAACUGGAGCAAUUCCACCUGCCUGAAAUUGGCUGUGGCAGCUAAACACAGGGACUUCAUUGCUCAUACAUGCAGCCAGAUGCUCUUAACAGAUAUGUGGAUGGGGCGACUACGCAUGCGGAAAAACCCAGGCCUUAAGGUUAUAACAGGGAUUCUCUUCCCUCCCACCAUCCUUUUCCUAGAGUUUCGGAGUUACGAUGAUUAUUCUUACCAGACAUCAAGAGAAAAUGAGGAAAGCAAAGAAAAGGAGGAGGAAAAUGCGGAUGCAAAUGCGGAUACAGGUUCCCGAAAAGGAGAUGAAGAGAAUGGAAAAAAAAAACAAAAGAGCCUUCCAAUCGGAACAAAGAUCUAUGAAUUCUAUAAUGCACCUAUUGUCAAAUUUUGGUUCUACACAAUAUCAUACCUUGGUUACUUGAUGUUAUUUAAUUAUAUCAUCUUGGUACGGAUGGAACGGUGGCCAUCAGUCCAGGAAUGGAUUGUCAUCUCCUACAUUGUGACGUUGGCUUUGGAGAAAAUAAGAGAGAUUCUGAUGUCAGAGCCUGGCAAGCUGAGCCAAAAAGUGAAAGUUUGGCUCCAGGAAUACUGGAAUAUUACUGACCUGGUGGCUAUUUCAGUAUUUAUGAUAGGAGCAAUUCUUCGCCUACAGAACCAGCCUUACAUGGGUUAUGGAAGAGUGAUUUACUGUGUAGAUAUCAUUUUCUGGUACAUCAGAGUACUAGAUAUCUUUGGUGUGAACAAAUACCUGGGACCUUACGUCAUGAUGAUUGGAAAGAUGAUGAUUGACAUGCUAUAUUUUGUGGUCAUCAUGCUGGUGGUUCUGAUGAGUUUUGGAGUAGCCCGCCAAGCUAUUCUGCACCCAGAUGAAGAGCCUUCUUGGAGACUAGCUCGCAACAUCUUCUAUAUGCCCUACUGGAUGAUCUAUGGAGAGGUGUUCGCAGACCAGAUAGACCGUAAGAGUAGAAUUCAUAUCUAUGCCAUGGAAAUUAAUCCUCCUUGUGGGGACAAUCUUUACGACGAUGAUGGUAAACGCCUCCCUCCAUGUAUACCAGGGGCCUGGCUCACUCCUGCUAUUAUGGCCUGUUACCUCUUGGUAGCAAAUAUCCUGUUGGUAAACCUGCUGAUUGCUGUCUUCAACAAUACCUUCUUUGAGGUAAAAUCAAUAUCCAACCAAGUCUGGAAAUUCCAGCGGUACCAGCUGAUCAUGACAUUCCAUGACAGACCUGUCCUCCCACCACCAAUGAUUAUCUUCAGCCACAUCUACAUAAUCAUCAAGCGAAUCUGCUGCCGCUGCAGGAAGGGUGAAGGAGACCAGGAUGAGCGUGACAGGGGACUAAAGUUAUUUCUGAAUGAUGAAGAGCUAAAAAAACUAUAUGAGUUUGAAGAGGAGUGUGUAGAAGAAUAUUUCCAGGAAAAAGAGGACGAGCAGCAAUCAUCUAAUGAUGAACGCAUCCGAGUUACCUCUGAAAGAGUUGAAAAUAUGUCUAUGAGGCUAGAAGAAGUGAAUGAAAGAGAACAUUUUAUGAAAGCUUCUCUUCAAACAGUCGACCUUCGACUCUCUCAAUUGGAAGAACUAUCUGGUCGGAUGGUGAACGCUCUUGAGAAGCUGGCAGGUAUUGACAAAUCUGAGCUGACAUAUCCACGUUCACGGGCUUCAUCUGAGUGUGAUGCUGCAUAUCUCCUAAGGCAAAGCAGCGUUAACAGCUCUGAUGGCUACAGCAUGUACAGAUACCAUGUGGGCGGCGAUGAGUUAACAUAUGAUGACAGUACCGCUCCUAUGUCUCCAGCCAUUGGAUUGCGUAAAAAAGCCCAUUCUAUUGGUACCAAAGAAGAUGGAGCAGACCCAAGGAUGCUGGUUCCAGACCACCACACCGGUCUCCAUUAUACCUCUAGUACUAAUGCAGUCACCACAGCAGAUUACAGCAAAUCUACAUUAGAAAUUGCACAGAAUGUUUCCAGACCCUAUGCUGGUUCAGGUAGUUUGGGGGAUGAAAAGCAGGAGAUUUUCAAGAGCGAUGGAAUGAUUCCUCAAAGUACAAACCAGGUGGAUGCUGUUACAAACAGACAGUCAGUACCAAGAUCAGAUUUUCAGAAUACUCAGUUAAAAGUAGAACGUACCAAGUUAGAGGCAACCAUCUCUUAUCCCUUGGAGAAAUCUAAAGCAAUGCGCUAUUUUCCUCCUGAAACGUUCAGUGCUUGUCAAACCACUAUGAUGAAGUCAAGGAGCUUUAUAUUUGCACAGGGUGGGAAGGUGGUUGGAGGAGUUAACAACUGGACCACAGAGUAUAGUACCAUCAUGGAUCGGGUGUGUCCUUCUAUGAUUGAACAAUGGGCCACAGAGUGGAAAUAUGAAGUUCAACAGCAACUUUCUCACGAAAAACCUCCAGAAUACCCUGGUUUUAUCUCUGAAGCAGAAAGGCAAGCAGAGCACACACAGUUACAGACGGACACAGAUGAUGAGAAUUAUGUUGAUGAAGCAGGUAUGAGUGCCUCUUACACCUCUAUGCCUGCCACUGUCAAGGCUGAGAAAGAGAAUUUACUAUCAGUAAAGCCAGAAAGGACUUCUGGGUUCCCAUCACUACGGUCAAAGAGUUUGCACAGCCAUUCUCGGAAAGCCAAAUCUGUAAAGGACAAAUUAAACAGACCAGGACAUGCCAGCAGCGUAACUAAUUUGGUGGUGGCAUUUGGCAGUGCAACAGAAGAACAGAAAGCUAGGCAAGAAAAUGCAUCCACAGAAACGGAAUGUUAAAGUGGCUUAUGGCCCCUGUUUUACUGACAGUCAAGAUAGCUGCAUGAAAGAUUGAAAAAAAAUAUGGAUAUUUAAAUUAAUUUCUGAAGAAGAAUUUUUCAUAUAUUUAUUUAUUUAUAUUUUAUAUAUAAUAGAUGUAUGAUCUGUUCUGAAAUAAAUGCUUGCUGGGUCAGGUGAAAAGGAGAUGUUCUCUUCAGGGGCACGUAAAAAGUAGGCACAGUCCACAGAUGCCAACGCUACAGAUUUUUGUUCCAUUUCAACCCCCCUCAUAAGCUCAUUUACCAACAAGCUCUUCAUAAAGGCUCUUGAAAGAAGGACAAUAUUAUCAUGUAUUAUUUUAGAAAAUGUCUUUUUCUUCUUUUUUUAUCAGGAGAUUUCUUAAAUUGGACAAAUUUUUAACCAGGUUUAGUUUUUAUUCUUACUUAUGCAGCUGGUUUCUUUGUGGCCAUUGUAUUUGUCAAAUCAAAACAAAAUUUUUGGAGGCAAGGCAAAAUUAUGCAGUCUCCUCUUUCAUUUCUGAUUUCAUGCAUGCUUCUUGGCUCUUCUUUCAGAAAGGCACAACAUAUCAAUUUUCAUCCACUAAAAUAGGUCUGAGUAGCAAAAUACAGUUGUGUUUGGAGAAACCUGACCCGGAAAGCCAUGUGUAGACAUAUUCUUGACCUGUCCUUGAACUUCAGUGAUACAAUCUUGCUUUCAGAAUCAUGUCUGUCCGUACCCCAAAGCAUGCUGACAGCCUUAAACUGUUGAAAAACAGUGAUCAUUGUUUCAAAAUGUUUAGGGGGGUUUUAAGUAUAUGAAGUAUAGAAAGAUUUUAACAAUGUGAAUCCAAGAUACGCGUUAGUGUUUUGUAUAAACGGGGAUUACAGUAGAAGUCCAUGCAGAGUAAGAAUGCGGCAUUUUUUUACAUGCCUGCAAGGGAAAACAAAACAAAACAGGCAAGGCGUUCUGAUAGGGUGAGAUCAAAACGGAGCCCAUCUGUGUUUGAAUAAAUCUACUGUGACAAAUUCAUUUUUCAUUUUGCAGUUUCAUUAUGAUGACACAUGAGGAACAAGAAACAGUUUCUAGGAGUCAGUCUAAACAAAAAAUAAAUUUUCCAGAUGCAAAAAGAAAUUCCAUACAUAUUCUUGAGUAAAUUUCAAAGACAAACGUCAAAGGGGAAAAAAGCCUCUACAGCAAAAGUGUUUUCUAUCCCUCAAUGGCUGACUGGAAAUCCACAUCUAUAGUUACAGUUUCCCAGCACACCUGUCUCAACAGUGGCAUUCUAGAGUACUAGAUUUUGAUAGUUUUCAUCAUAAUAGUAUGAUGUUAUUUGCCUCAUUCUUCUCUGUUACCUUUUAGGAAUUUUGUUUUCCCAAAUAAUCAGCACCUCUCUUUGCAGGGGAUGCGUAUCAUUGAACGGAGAAGAAAAUGAGUUAAGGGCAUGUUACCUGUUCACAAAAUACUGAUCAAAAACUUAACUCAUUUAACUGCCAGGACUUACUCAUAUACUAUUUUGAAAACUCAGAAUUUCUUUCUGUCCCCACCAUCAGCUCCAUAGUAUGUAGGUUUCGGUACUGCCAUUGAUAAUGCUGCUUACAACAUUUUGAAAUGCAGAAGUUGACAGAAGACUACAAAUGCAUUGAUGGCAUCAGCUUUUUAUUGUUUGUAUUAUAUUUUCAUACUCCAUCCAUACUUAUACCUUGAAGCACUAUCACUGUACUGAAUGAUCAUGGUAACUGCAUAGACAUUUCUGAAAGUUCAGUCAUCGUUACUCUGGAUUUUUGCUAGUUUGGUGUUACUAGCAGGUUUACUGGUUUUACUGUUGUCAGAACAGUGUUGGCAUUUUGCUUUUCAUGUGGGCUUCUUUUAUUGAACUUUAGGGAACUUGGCAUUUUGUAAAAAUGGAAUGACAUUUGAAAUUGUUUCACUUCCAUGUUUACUUCUGUGUUAUCAUUCCAUGCAACUACAUAGCCAUGUUGUGCGUGUGGUUAAAAUAGCCUCCAGUUUGCCAAUGCCUUUUUAUUGCCUGCACACUCACCCGAAACCGAUUCAUUAACGAACACAAAGGGACGCGGCUUUUCAGCACUUUGCUUAACAAGCAGUAUGCAUUGUGGAAGGAAAGACAGUGUGUUGCAUACCUCUUGUUACACUGUCUUUAUAAAAUGUGUGUUAAAAUCAUGCUCUGUUCGACCAGCUGUUUUUUUUAUAGUGUUUACAUUACAAAUGUAUCAGACAGCAUGUAGAUUUCAAACAAUUUUUUUUUCCUUUGUAUUCAUUUACUUUGUUUCUGUAAAAAUAUUUAUAAAAUACGAAAAAGAUGUGAAAUGAGUUCAGUAUAACAAAAUUUUCACUAUAAUGAUAUCGAAAGAGUUCACUUCUCUGUUCCUUCUUACACAGUGCAUGGGCUGAACAGUUCCUGAGCAAAGCUUCUCUUUUAGCAUUUGCCUGUAAUUUUCCAUGAAGUUCUCUAUACAGCGAUGACUUUAUAAGGCUUGGAUGUUUUCUGUGCUCUUGCAUAGCAUGAACUGAAAUGAUAACCUCUCUGCCAUUAAAUGUGAAGUAACUACA